ACGGGACAGUCUGUAUACUCUUUGGUCUUUCUAAUCUGUGUUUUAUAUGUAAUUUUUGAUGUUUGUUUAAUAUUUUUAUUGUUUUUUUACUGGUUAUCUUUUAGACUAUUAAUAUUAAAAGCUAGUUAUUUAAAUGCAAAGACAUUAAACAGUACUAUACGAGCAUAAAGCAGAACAUUUUAGCUCAGAUAUAAAUGAAAUAAUGUACCUACCUACUCUGUGGCUGUGAUGGCACAACUGUAACUUAUAUGAUUUUGUAUUUUAUUCACCAAUUAUUCGUACAUAAAUUUCUAGUUUCAACUUUAAAGUAUUAUGUGAAUUAGUGUGAGUCUAGAAUGAAGAAUAGUGAUAAAAGCAAUAAAUUUUCUUGAAAAUGGCUGUUUGUGGAUUGAGGACUUUGAUGCUGAUAGUCUGUGUGAUAGAGUUGAUUUUUACUAUACAACGCCAAGUAUUCGACUUUUUGGGGUAUAUGUGGUUGCCUAUUAUUGCUAACUUUACAAAUAUUCUGCUGAUCAUAUUUGGAUCUUUUGGAGCAGUUCAAUAUAUUACAAAUUACAUUAUAGCAUAUGCAAUAUGGAGUUUUAUGUGGCUAACAUGGAAUGUAUUUUUGAUUUGCUACUAUCUAAAUUUGGGAACAUUGAAUAGAGAAAGUGGUUUGCUGUCUUUAGGGACCGACAGUGUAAGCUGGUGGGAGAGUAAUGGGUGGGGAUGUCAGCCAGUGUGGGACGGGGAAGAAAGGCCCGGUACUUGGCGACCUGCUCGUGUAGAUGGUUGUUUCCUUCAGUGGUACUAUGUUGAGCUUGGACAGUCCAUUUUAGCAGCUCUACUUACUACUAUUGCCUUGCCACUCGCAGUAAUCUUGGCUUUUAAAUCAGUUAACAAAAGGAAGACGGCAUCAGAGAAAGGGACUCUACAAAGACGUACUGUUUACACAAUGGAGUUGAGUCCAACGGAAACAACUACAAGUGAAGGAUCUUUAAAACCGAUGACACCUCGUCGUGUAAAACGUAGAUCUGGUUCAAGAGGAGCUGGCUCAUCUGUACGCAGAUCGCGUCGGUCAUAUAGAAAUGCUGGAUACUUAGCAUCCAGCGGUUCUUUACCUCGUGAAGGGCGACCUUCUCGUCCUACUUCGGCACAUUCUUCAUAUUCCAAUUUUCAUGGCGCUCGACCUGCUUCCUAUCAUGCUCCUGAAAGAGACGCGAUGUCACGUACUCAAGAUGCUUACGAUCCAUCGCAGCCGCCUUCUGAAUCUGUUCCUAUAAAAACUAAUAGGUAUGAUACCGUGAGAAGAGUUCACAAGAACUCCGGUUACGACGUCGUUGGACCUUACAACGAGCCCAACGGUGGUUGCGGUCCUCCUAGAACUUACGAUCGUAACUUAUCGCCCUACGAUAAUAUAAGCCGUGGAUACGAGACUGCAUCAAGCUACGACAACAGGAUGGAUAUGGAUGCGGUCACGCAAUGUGAAUCUCCAUCAUACGGCGGUAGUACAUACGGCGCAGUGAAUAGCUACGGGGCUGCAGACGGCGCCUGGGAUGUGCCGCCGCCUGCGCCGCCGGCGCCCGCCUACUGCGCGCGCGCCACGCCGCAAGCGCCGGGCCCGCCCGCUUACCAACCAGUAAAUGACGCUUAUCUAGUGCCUUGACCUAGACCUUGCAUUAACGACGUGCCUUAUUCUCAGUGACAUUUACUUUAUAGAAUGGAUUAGAUAAAUUAACAAUUCUUUGAAAAAUAUCUUGCACUAUGAUGAAUUUAUUGAAGGUGGUUGUGAAAGAAGUGUAAAAUGUUAAAUGAAUAGACAUUGUACUUAGCUCAAGUUUAACAACGCGUUAUAUUUAUAUUUUUUAUAAUAAUAUAAUGUUUAUUCAUUUAUAUUUUAUAUCUUAUAACAAUCAUUCUGUGUUAGACUACAAAAUAUUGUUAUAAAAUCUUACAUGUUUGGGUAUUUGUACUAAAGAAUCUCAUUAGUCUUUGUUAUUGAUGUAUGUAAUACAUUCCUUUUUAUAACUUAGCUUUAAUUCUUUUUUAAUUAUCUCAAUUAAUUUUUUUACCAUAGUUAAAAUGUAGAAUAAAGGAUAAUACUUAAAAGAAAAAAAAAAACAUCAGUUUAACUUUUUUUGAUUGUAUGUAUUUACACAUUGACGUUAAAUAUUGUAUUGUUCGGCACUUUUACUUAUAAUUCUCAGUGUACUUUUGUUAUUUGAGAUUAGAAAGUAGGCAAUUGAUUGACUUUAAAUUGAUGUUUGCCUAUCUGUUAAAUAUUUAAAAGAAAUGUCCGUCCUAUAUAAGUCUGCUAUUUUAUAAAUGUAUCAUUAUUGAUCUGUUAAUGAUCAUUAUUGCCAUUUACGUGUUUGUAUGAAUGUUUACAUUCCAGUGUUCCACUCCACUAUUGUAGUAACUAUACAAUGAGCUUUAUUAGAUUAAGUAAGUAUUAAUAAGGUUAUAAUUAUUUAAGCCACACUUUUGGCAAAAAAUUGUACCAAAUAUAUGCCGACUACAAUUUA